AUGGACCCUAAGCGUUUCUCUUCAGGUUCUCAGCAGCUGCUUCGCCUCAGGAUAAAGAGGACAAAGAGAGAAUGGAGACCGCUGGAGGACCGGAGCUGCACAGACCUGCCCUGGUUCCUGCUCUUCACCGUCUUCUGCGUCGGCAUGGGCAGCAUCUGCGGUUUCACCAUUGUCACCGGCGGCGCCGCUCGUCUUGUCUUCGGAUAUGACAGCUACGGCAACACCUGCGGUCAACGCAACGAACAGAUCGAAGGUGUUCGACUGAGCGGCCUCGACCACAGGGACAGGAAGUUCGUGUUCUUCUUGGAUCCCUGUAACAUCGACAUCGUUCAGAGGAAGAUUAAGUCCAUGGCUCUGUGCGUGUCUCUGUGUCCUCCUGAAGAACUGAAGACGUACCAGGACCUGAAGAGGUUCGCCAUGGUCAACGGGUCUGAGCUCUGCUCCUAUGAGUUGGCGGGUCAUAAAUACCCAGGUCUACCUGAGAGGUUCUCCAAAUGUCCCAAACUUCCUGUCCCUCCAAGUAAACCCCUGCCGGUGUUUAACCGCUGCACUCCGGUCGACAUUUCCUGUUAUGCCAAGUUUGCCGAAGCUGUGGUGACGUUUGUCGGAGAUAACAGCGUUCUGCAUCGACUGAUCGCAGGAGUCGCUGCCAGUAAGGAGAUCAUCAUCGGCCUGUGUGUCCUCGCACUUGUGCUGUCCAUGCUCCUGAUGGUCAUCAUCCGGUACAUCUCUGCCGUCCUGGUCUGGAUCCUCACGUCCCUGGUGGUCCUGGGUUCUCUGGCGGGGACCAGCGUCCUCUGGUGGCUCUACAUUGACCACCGUCUCUAUGGAAACGACACCACGGUCAAAAUUACGAAGGAGGUUAAGGACGAGGUGGAGGUCCGCCGAGACAGCGGUCAGGCGCUGCUCGUCUACGCCAUCGCCGCCACCGUCUUCACCAUCAUCCUGCUGCUGCUCAUGCUCUUCAUGAGGAAGCGUGUUGCUCUGACCAUCGCUCUGUUCCACGUGGCUGGGAAGGUCUUCCUCCACCUCCCCCUCCUCACCCUCCAGCCCUUCGUCACCUUCCUGGCCCUCCUACUCUUCUGGAUCUACUGGAUCCUGGUUCUGCUGUUCCUUGGAACCUCCGGGAACCCGGUCCAGAACGAAGAGACGGGUCUAACGGAGUUCCGGCUGACGGGGCCUCUGCAGUACCUGACCUGGUACCACGCCGUGGGUCUGGUCUGGAUCAGCGAGUUCAUCCUGGCCUGUCAGCAGAUGACGGUGGCCGGAGCCGUGGUCACCUACUACUUCACCAGGGAUAAGACCCGCCUCCCGGUGACGCCCAUCCUGUCGUCGGUGCUGAGGCUGGUCCGGUACCACCUGGGCACCGUGGCCAAAGGCUCCUUCAUCAUCACCCUGGUGAAGAUCCCCCGCCUCGUCCUCAUGUACAUCCAUAAUCAGCUCAAAGGGAAGGAGAAUGCAUGCGCUCGCUGUUUGUUGAAAACCUGUAUUUGCUGCUUGUGGUGUUUGGAGAAGUGCCUCAACUAUCUCAAUCAGAAUGCAUAUGCAGCCACAGCCAUCAACAGCACCAGUUUCUGCACAUCUGCUCGGGACGCCUUCGUCAUUCUGGUGGAAAACGCUUUGCGUGUCGCCACAAUCAACGCCGUCGGAGACUUUGUGCUCUUCCUUGGGAAGAUCCUCAUCGUCACGUCGACGGCGUUCGCUGGCGUCCUCCUCCUCAACUACCAGAGGGAUUACGCCGAGUGGCUGCUGCCGCUCAUCAUCGUGUGUCUGUUCGCCUUCCUGGUGGCUCACUGCUUCCUGUCCAUCUUCGAGAUUGUGGUGGACGUCCUGUUCCUCUGCUUCGCCAUUGACACCAAGUACAAUGAUGGAACGCCAGGGAAGGAGUUCUUCAUGGACAAAGCUCUGAUGGAGUUUGUGGAGAGCAGCCGGCGGUUGGAGCGAGCAGUGGAGCGCGGGCGGAGCCGAGUGAAGGAGGCGGUGUCAGAGGGGGCGGAGAUGAAGCCCAUGGCUCCGGGGACGAGUUCAGCUUGACCAAAGUCAUCGUUGGACUUUGUUAAAGAGACAUUCCAAAUGUUUAUUUUUACCAACGUGUAACAUGUUUACUAUGGUUUCACUCCAGGGAAAACGAUAUUUUAAUAAGAAACUGUAAAAACGUAACAAUGUAACAAUGAAGCACUUUAAAUCGAAGCGCUGCAGAUUUUAAACGACUGAUGCAUUUUUCGUAGUGAUGUCCUUUUUUACAAACUCACCUGAACUCAUCAUCGUCCUCUCACACCUCGCUGCCAAACAGCGACUCCAAGGUUUUUGUUUUUUUUUUGGGAUGUUUGGUUGCCAUAACGACCUCCAGCGCGACACUGGACUCCAUGUUGGAUCAGGAGCAUUGUGAUGUCACCAGGGACGGAGUUUCUACCAGUGACAGAUGGAUCAGACUUCCUUCACUUCGCUCAGAGGACGGGGUCAAAGGUCAGACAGAACGCUGCGAGCAGCUCGAUCCGCGCGUCGGUUCAGUUUUACCUGGGCUGCGAUCGCAAAACACUCCCACAACUAAUCAUUUAGUUUUACAGUUAAAUAUCACAGUCUGUGGUUUUAAAUCACAGAAACAGAACAGAUCUAUCCUGACAUUUAAUCACAACUUGGCCGAGUGAAAGGUUUUUCUUAUUUGUUCCUUUAUUUUAAAACCAGUCUGUCAGACAAAUUCAACAACUCAAACGUCAGAAACAACCUUUAAUAAAACAACAGAAAUGGUCUUUGGUGGAAGUAGAUUCUAUUCAGCUGGAUGGUCUACGUCUUAAAACCUGCUGGACCUAAAAAUGAUGUGUGAUGAUAAUUGGAGGUCAAAGGUCAGCUUUUCCACUUCCUGUUGAUCUCAGACGUUUGUUAGCGCUCAGUGUUUGAGCUGCGUUUCAACACUUUGACCUGAUAAUUACCGCUUUCAGAGUGUGUUUUAAUAUGUGAUUAUUGAAUUAUGAGGAUCUUUUGCUAUUUAAAAAGAAAAUCUUGAUAACUUUGUGUGACCCACCUGCAGUACUUCCAUGGUCCAGCAGGGGGCAACAGUCCACACUAAGAAUUGUUAGCUGAGUUUGUUUUACUGAAGUCAAUAAUCAAUAAAAAAGUAGGUUCUGUAAAUGAGUUGAUCGUUACAGUUACAGAAUAAAUACAUUCUUAAAUGUAAAAAGUAGAACUUAGUGCGAUUCUAGAAUAAAAUAAUAUUAAAAACAUCAGACUUACUAGCUGACAUUAGGCCCCGCCCCCACCUGUCUACAACAGCAGAUCUGAUUGGCUGUAGAUCAUGUGACGUGUUGCUCGCAGUGUUACAGCUUCCGGUCACUCCAGACUUUCAGAAUAAAUCUUCCUGUAUUUUUGUGAGGAAAAAGGGGCGGAGCUUCCUGUGGAGGUGACAAACCGCAAUAACACAAACUGCAUCAUGUGACUGGACGACGACAACUUCAAUGGCAUAAUAAGUCUUCCUGCUGUUCUGUUCAAAGUGUCGACUCAGUUAAAGUGUAAAUCAAACGUCCACCAUUUGAACCACAACACUGAAUGUACCAUGAUGUGUUCAUGGCCAUCAGGAAAAAUACCAGAGUUGUUAUUUUCAUUCAGUCAUUCAUUCAUUCUCUGAAACCACUUAAUCCUCUGGAGGGUCGCGGGGGUGGAGCCUAUCUGGGCUACCAUCAGUUGAAGAUGGGGUUAAUCUGGAAAUGUCACCAGGUUGUCACGGUGAUGACCUUGUCCUUAUGGAGGGUGUCCAUGUUAAAUUCACUAAGAAAGCACCUCUCAAACAAACUGCUGUCAUUCCAUAACCGUACAUCCCAUUUCAAAAAUUCUUUUAGGUGAGACUUGUGAAUCUUCUGAACAUAUCGAUGUAUAAUAUGUGGCGAAAAAGUCAGAACUGAAUAAGCAGUGAUUGUGGGAACGUGGAAUUUGUCAAACAUGCUAGUUACAGAAAUUUAACAUGGGAGUGAAUGAG